UGCGCGCGCACGCUGGUGCUGGGCUGAGGUGUGGGGGAGGGGGAGGGGAGAGGGUGACCGUUGGGACCGGCGGGAGAAGCGCGAGCGGCACGAAGACGGGGCGCAAUGGCUCCCUCACCAACCAAGCGUAAAGAGCACACCCAGGAGAAAUCCAAAGAGAGAACCAAGGAUAAAUCGAGUACCAAGGACUCGAGUGAGAAGGAGCGCGGUCGAGACAAGACUCGAAAGAGAAGGAGUGCCUCGACAGGGAGCAGCACCAGCAGUUCCAGUUCCAGUUCCGGAUCCAGCUCCACCUCGGCCUCCAGCAGUGGGUCUAGUUCCUCCUCAGCCUCCAGUCGGUCUGGAAGUUCCAGCAGUUCCCGUAGCUCCAGCUCCAGCACCUCCUCUGGAUCUCCAAGCCCAUCCCGCCGCAGACACACCAACAGGAGGCGAACCCGCUCCAAAUCGAAGUCUCCAAAACGGGAUGACAAGGAACGGAAGAAAAGCCCAGCUCCCCGACCCACCAAAGUGCACAUUGGCCGGCUAACCAGGAACGUCACCAAGGAACACAUCAUGGAGAUCUUCGCUUCCUACGGGAAGAUCAAACUGAUUGACAUGCCGUUGGAUCGUAUGCACCCACACCUCUCUAAGGGCUACGCCUACGUGGAGUUUGAGAACCCGGAUGACUCAGAGAAAGCUCUCAAGCACAUGGAUGGAGGUCAGAUUGACGGACAGGAAGUGACAGCUACAGCGGUGUUAGCCCCGCGCCCCCGGCCUCCGCCGCGAAGAAUGACGCCUCCACGCAGGAUGCCACCACCUCCCCCCAUGUGGCGCAGGACCCCGCCACGCAUGAGGAGAAGGUCCCGGUCACCGAGGCGACGGUCUCCUGUCCGCAGGCGUUCCCGAUCCCGAUCGCCAGGACGUCGACGUCACCGCAGCCGGUCCAGCUCCAACUCCUCCCGAUAAGAGACUGUGAAACCGUGUGUUUGUUUGUUUGUUCUUUCUUUUCUGAAACAUCUUGAAACGGAAACUUAACGCGACUGAAUUUCAGCAAACGUCCCAUCUCACUGUUCAGAUUGUGUUACUUUACUUGGGUGGUGGUUAGGUUAGGGGGGUGGGGCUUUAACGUGUUCACACCUAAUGUGUGCAUUUGGGGAGGGAGGGGGGUAAUAAGCCAGUGGCUGGGUGUUGGAUGAUCUAAAUCAGACUAUUGGAGAUAGUCCAUCACAUGGCACUGCCAGCGAUGAUUGCUGCUGUCAUCGCUGAUGAUAGUGAUCAGCUGGCACCUGUAGUGUUUCACCUCCUACAGUUAUUUUUUAAAUUUAGUUUAUAUCUUGCCUGGGCACCAGUGUGAAGUGCUGGAGCAGUAUCUACCGUUCACAGUCUGUGGCUUCAGGAAGUCUGAUUAACGAUUGUGGGUGUAACGCUGGAAGCUCGGAUUAUCUUGUGUGCUGGAGCACAAUCACACAUUGUGGCUGAUCCACUUCAAAGCUGGCAAUGAUACGAAUCAACAAGAUCACGGAUUGCCAAAUUUGUUAGUUCUUCAGGAGGAAAUGUUCCACAGGAGCCCAGGGUCCGGUGGCUUAUCCAGUUGCUUCUGAUUUUUGUAUUUCUCAGUAGUUAGGUCCACAUUGUAUUUGUACCAUUUUGUGUAUAAGUUCUGCAUCUUCAAUAAAGCCAGGAAAGGUCCUGAUAAA